AUGCCUCCUUCCAUACCCCUUGCCUCUUCCCUUCGGCCGAAACACGCACGGCAAUGUCGGGCCUUCGGACAUUCCGCCCCCGCACAGAAAGCCCUACCCUUUUCCCUGAAUAAUGGCCGCGCCGGGGCCCUCGCCAGCGACCCGGGGGACCAUGCGGACCAUGGGGAAAACAAGGUUUUGCGCAUGCUCAUGUUUGGGAAGCCGGGUGCGGGGAAGGGCACACUGUCCGCACGCCUUGUCAAGAAAUACGAUAUUUUGUCGCUCUCUACUGGCGACCUACUGCGCCAGCAUAUAGCGGAGCAGACGGAGGUCGGGCGGAUGGCUGAGAAGGUCGUCGCCGCCGGGAGUCUGCUCCCCGACGACGUCAUGCUCAAGGUUGUUACAAGUAAAUUGGAUCUGCUGCAUAAUAAGCACUGGAUCUUGGACGGUUUCCCACGGACAUUAGGUCAAGGAAAACUUUUGGAUAGUCAUCUACGGAAUCAGGGAAGCCCCCUCAGUUUAAUUGUCAAUCUGGAUGUCGCGGACGAGGUGAUCCUCAGCCGCAUAUCCGACCGGUGGGUACAUCUUCCCUCGGGGCGGGUGUACCACCUCUCGUACAAUCCUCCGAAGAUCGCUGGUCUCGACGACGAGACUGGAGAGCCACUAACGAAGCGACCAGACGAUAUCCCGGAGACAUUCACUCGUCGCUUGGAGAAGUUCUAUGCCUCUACUUCGCCGCUGCUGUCGUACUUCAGUACCCUGGUUUCUGGCAGCAAUCUGAUCACGCUGACGGGUGCCUCGUCCGACGAGAUCUGGCCGCAUCUUGACCAAGUCGUCCGUAGCAACUUCCCCGGCCUGAAGGAAAGAGCGGAGAGCAGGGAGCAGAAGCGGCGGUCAAGUCUCAGCGAGGCCGUAUUGGCGAGAGAAGAGAGGGAAGCCUGCAAAAUGAGGAACAGGUCCAUGCAGAGCUAUUAG